UUGCUGGAAACAGUGAAAAAGCGCCCGGGUCGAGUACUAGAUUUCGAGGAUUGUUUUGACAUGUAUCGACACGUAUUUUGAUUUGACUCGUUCAAUGUGCGUAUUACGUCCGACACCGAUUUCGUAGCUCUGUAUCGUCCAAAGACCGUGAGGAACAUUAAUUUUUUAUUAAUUGUCACGAUAAAGAUAAUUAAUAAUGACAGUGUUUUUGAAGCUAAUUGAGCUUGAAAACUUCAAGUCUUACAAGGGUUAUUUCCAAAUCGGUCCGUUAAAACCUUUCACUGCCAUUAUCGGACCCAAUGGAUCAGGUAAAUCAAACUUCAUGGAUGCCAUAAGUUUUGUAAUGGGUGAAAAAAGCGGUAGUCUUCGAGUCAGACGCUUGAACGAACUCAUUCACGGUUCCUCAAUAAAAAAACCGAUCGCUGAAAGGGCAUGGGUGAAAGCAAUAUUUCAGUUGACCGAUGGAACUGAAAAGAGUUUUUUAAGAUCAAUUGAAGCUACUGGAUCCACAUCUGAAUACAAAAUAAAUGACAAUAUUGUUACAAGUGCAGUGUACCUGGCUGAUUUGGAAAAGUUGGGCAUCAACGUAAGAGCCAAGAACUUUCUCGUGUUUCAAGGCGCUGUAGAGUCUAUAGCGACUAAGAAGGCAGAGGAGUUGACAUCUUUGUUUGAAGAAAUUAGUGGCUCAAUUAAUUUCAAGGCGGAUUAUGACAGGCUGAAAGCUGAAAUACUAAAAGUAGAAAACGAAAUCCAAUGCUCUUAUUCGAAGAAGAAAGAAAUGGUUGCUGAGAAGAGAGAAGCAAAUUUGGAGAUGAAGCAAGCUGAAAAAUAUCAACGUUUGAAGGAAAAUUAUGCAUUGAAACGACUAGAGUUUCAGCUCUUUUGUUUACACCAAAAAGAUACAUUAAUCUGCGGACUAAAGAUUGAUCGAAUGGGUCAGUCUUACAAAGUAGAAAAAAUGGAUUCAGAGAAAGAAGUCAUCGAGGAGAUCUUGACAAAAGAAGAAACAAAAUCUGCACAGCUUCAACGUGAAUUGGCGGAAAUAGAACAAGAUAUAAGAGAAAUCGAAGUCGCGAUAUCAAAGAAUAAACCGAAAUCCAUAAAAAUAUACGAAGGGAUUGCGCAUUUUCGGAAGAAACUAGAAUCUGCAGAGAAAUCGUACAAACGGGCUCAACUUGCUGAUGAAACGCACCAAAAAAACAUUCGAGAUCUUCAGGAAGAACUUGACAAAAUUGAGAAAAUGAAAGACUCUUUUGAAGCUGGUAUCAUCAAUGAAUCUCAGGGAUCCAAUGAGAACGUUAGGCUAGAAGAAACGCAGAUACACGAAUACAAUCGUUUGAAAGAAGAAUCAAACAAAAAAUCUGCCUCCUACUUUCAACUCCUCGAUUCUGCCAAUCGCGAGAUCAAAUCUGACCAAGAUAGACUCGAGUCCACGAUCACUCGAAGAACGAAGAUCGAAAAUAAAUUGAAACAAAAACGUGAUAUGAGGAACGAGAUUCUGAGACGAGCGAGCAAGUUGGAAGAGCAAAUAAACAAGACCGAGGAUUCUCUGGUUAAUCAGACGCAAUUGCGGGACAAUUUGCGGUCUGCCGUUGAUUCGGCCAAAGGGAAGAUCCAGGAAGUUCAGAGAGAACUUGAGAAUAUUAGUGGACAACUGGGCGACGCUAACAUUGAUCAACAGGAAUUGGCGAGAACGAAAAGGAAGGCUGAAAUCGUGGAAAACUUGAAAAGGCUUUACUCUGGAGUGUAUGCUCGGCUAUUCAAUAUGUGUGAACCGAUUCACAAACGUUACAACGUUGCUCUAACGAAAGUUCUCGGCAUGUACAUGGAUGCGAUUGUCGUCGAUUCCGCCAAAACGGCGGGGCAAUGUGUUCAGUAUUUGAAGGAGCAAUAUCUCGGGCCCGAGACAUUUUUGGCACUAGAUUACGUCCAAUCGUGGCCUAUCAAAGAACGUCUCAGAGAUAUCAAAGAACCUGCGAACGUUAAAUUACUGUACGAUGUACUAAAAUUUUGGCCCAGAGAAAUUGAUCCGGUCAUUUUAUUCGCAACUAAAAAUGUACUCGUGUGCGAAACUUCCGAAGAUGCACGCAAACUCGCGUACGACAAACAAACGCGGUAUGACUGCAUUGCGCUAGACGGAACGUGCUACCAAAAAUCUGGUAUAAUGUCUGGUGGAAGUUCAGAUCUUGCAAAGAGAGCAAAGCGCUGGGACGACAAAGAAAUGGAUCAAUUAAAAUUACGAAAGGAAAAAUUGACUGAAGAAUUGAGAGAUUUACUAGCGAUAUCUCGCAAAGAAUCGGAUCUGAGUACCAUAGAGUCCCAAAUUCGUGGUUGUGAGAAUUCCUUGAAAUACACGAAGGCCGAUUUGUUUGAAAAUCAAAAAGAAUUUUCGUCACUGGACAAAGAAAUUCAAGAACUUUGUCAAGAACUUGAAACUAUUCAGCCGAGUGUCGAAGCCAUUGAGAAGAUAAUUGCGGAACGAGAACGAGAGAUUCGAGAUAUUAAAGACAAGAUGAAUAACGUGGAGGACGAGGUUUACGGAGAUUUCUGUAAGCGGAUCGGCGUUUCGAGUAUUCGUCAAUACGAGGAGCGAGAAUUACACUUGCACCAAGAACAAGCUCAAAAGCGUAUGGAGUUUGAGAACCAAUGCAAUCGGAUUCAAACCCAAUUGGAGUUUGAAAAACAACGAGAUACGAAAAGUAAUGUUUCCCGAUGGAAGGAAUUGGUGCAGAAGGCCGAAGAAGAUCUGCAAUUAUCGGAAAGGUCGGAGAUCGAUUUGACUGCAGAAAUAUCCAAAGAUGAGGCUCGGAUGAAACAACUUGAGUUGUUACAAACCGCAAAGAAAAAGAAAAUUACUAAAACAGAACAAGACAUCGAGCACUGGAGAAGCAAAAUCAGGCUCUUGACAAUGCGAGCUUUUCAUUUGGCGAACGAAAUUGAUGCGAUCGGCAUGAAAAUAGAGAAACUGAUAGAAGACAAAGAAGCAAUUCUGGCGCACUGCACGAUGGAAGGUAUCACGAUUCCAAUGAUGAAUUCAGAAGAUCUAGAGUCUAUAAUUUAUAAUUCACUACCAAAAAACCUACAAGGACUGGAAGGCGAAGACUGGAAAAUAGCUUUCAACAAUCUUAAAAAAGCAGAGAGCGAUUUGCAUGCUGCACUGGAAAAAACGCACGUUCCCAAUGCAAAGGCCAUUGAAACCUAUAUGGUGGUCAAAGAGAAGUUUCAGUUGAUUAAUUCAGCGUUCGAAAAGGCACGACUCGAGGGGAAAAAAAUCAGGAAGCAAUUCGAGAAGAUAAAGAAAAAGCGUUACGACUUGUUCAUGCCGUGUUUCGAGCAUAUUUCGACACAAAUCGAUCUCGAUUAUAAGGAUCUAACGAAAAAUUUAUCGGCGCAAGCUUUUCUGGAGCCUGAAAAUCCGGAAGAACCUUUCAUUGGUGGAAUUAAUUAUAAUUGCGUACCGCCAGGAAAGCGGUUCCAAUUGAUACAUAAUCUCUCCGGUGGGGAAAAAGCUAUUGCAGCACUUGCUCUUUUGUUUGCAAUUCAUAGUUUUCAUCCGGCACCGUUUUUCGUUUUGGAUGAAGUUGAUGCAUCUUUAGAUAAUACUAACAUCGGAAAACUGGCGAGCUACAUUCGUGAAAAGAUUAAUUCACUACAAACCAUUAUGAUUUCUCUCAAGGAUGAAUUCUUCUCGCAUGCGGAUGCACUUAUUGGGAUCAGUUCCGAAGUGGCUGAAUGUCUUCAAAGCAAUGUCUUCACAUACGACAUCACAACUUGCGAUGCUUGAGUAUUCCAAAACCCAAGUAUUGAGUAUCCCCUGCUGCUGAGAUUGGACCGAUAAGAAUGUUAAGAAACACGAUUUUUUUUCAUUUCCGUUUUCAUUAAGUCUACGAUGAUUGGUCCUGAUCAUUCCACUCUUAAAGCCUUGUAAUUUUUUUUUUGUUUUCUGGUAUUGAGUGCAAAAACAAUGCAAAAUUAAAAAUGAUCGUGUGGAGUCGUCAAAAAUAUCGUACUUGUCUUUUCAUUAUUUUUUUCAAAAUUAUUAUUUCACGUUAUUGAUGGUUUACGAAGAUUGUUAUGACGGUAUUUAGGUUUAAUUAAGCAAUUUUUUUUUUGCUUUUCAUUUGUUGGAAUUACCGAAAUUGAAUUUUUUAAGUCACGAAAAUAUUUAUAAUUGAAUUGCAAGUUUAUAAAAUUAUCAGACACAACACGUUUGUCUGACUAUUGAAAUGCUAUAGCAGAAGUUCUGCAUUUGUAUUAUCAAGAGUACAAAAUUUGCAAAAACUUUAUAUUUUCUUUAUUUAUGAAAGUUUAUUAUUAUAAUUAGUCAUGUAAGCAUAUUUAAGGAAAUCGAAAAUCUCGUGUCUGUAAUUCGUUCAAUUUAUUUAAUAAGAAAUAUACGAACUAGUGUCAAUUA